CUUGCAUGUCCGACAUCCACAAUCAACACCACAACCAACGUACUACCGCACCCAGAACGAACUUAUCGUGAUCGCCAGACUGAUGCGAAUUCGAUGAUGUCCAUGUCGCCAUAGUCUCCUAACGCGUUGCGCCGCCAGCUUCUUCGCGACUGAGAAACCCGCACCGCUCCACGAUCGCGAGUAGAGAAGAUGGCCACCGCAGCGGUCAAUUCGACGCGUGUGAACGCACCACAGGCGUUUGUCUCGAGUUACGCUCCACGAAUACGCACAUAUGGGAAUUCCCUUUUGACGCCUGUGGUGCCACAAACUAUCCUUCCGCCAGCACGAACAACGAAACGAGGCACGACCGUUAUCAACUACGCCGACGAUUUCGAAGAUGAUAGUAUAGAAGACUCAGAUGGCCCUUCGCGGCGCGCAACCGGCUUGCGCACCGCGCAGCAACGCAAUGUGCCUGAUCCUAUGGUCGAGAAGGUCAAGGAGCUGGGCAAGGAGAUUCACGCGCCAGUAGACGUGCAGGGCAUUUGGAGAGAUUGGAUGGGGAAGCCUAAGCGGACCCUGACUGAGAGGCAAAUGCAUGUGCAGUCUGCACUGCCGACGACGUUGAUACCCAUCAAGAUCGAUUUGGAUAUUGCGCCUUUCAGGCCCGAAGCCGCGUUACCUACGCCUAACAAUGCUAAGGAUUUUGGGAUUGAUGAGAACCUCCCCGCAUACAAGGCACCGGAGCCAACACCGCCGUAUAGGCUCAAGGACACGUUUUUGUGGAAUCUGCACGAAGCUCUAAUCACCCCCGACAUGUUCGCCAAAACCUUGGUCGAUGAGCUGGACUUUCCUGUGAUGCGCAAACAGCACAUGAUUAACGAAAUUGCUACUCAGAUUCGUAUGCAACUGGAAGAGCAUGCGCCGACUGCACUUCACCCGCUGUUCCAGCCCGACGCAGGAAAUGGACCGGCCACCACCACAAAUGCCCCCACACCGUCAAUACGACCUGGGCCGUCUCGCGAAGACUCCUCCACGCCGCUGCAAAUUGGCACGCCGAUCAACAGAAAUCUAGACCUCCCUCAUAUGAACGGCAUCGAGCCGUCAUCGGACGCGGCCACACCCAACGAAAAUGGCAGCUCGACUCCUGCAGUGGCAGUGACAGCGACACCCGUCGCACGCGACUCAUUAACAUCGUCAGCUAUCAACCCUGCGGACUCACAUCGCUGCAUCAUAACACUUUCCAUCAACGUCCAAAACAGGCUGUACACGGACAAGUUUGAGUGGUCACUGCUACAUCCACCUGGAUUUCCUGAGAUCUUUGCUCGUCAAACAUGUGCUGAUAUAGGACUUCCGAGUGAAUGGGUCCCAACGAUGGCACAUGCUAUCUACGAGGCCAGUCUGCGUUUAAAGAAGGACAUGGUGGACAACAACGGCACUCUUGCUGGUGUGGUCGGGAGUGGUGUGGACGGUUGGGGCGUGCUAGAGAAUGAAGUCUGCGAGUUUCAUGGCACUGGCAAGACUUCGCUCGGGGUCGGCGCAGGCUGGAGAUUGGACGAGGAUGGUCUUGGCGCUGAUUGGGAGCCAAAGAUCGAAGUGCUCAGCAAAGACGAGAUUGAAAAGCGUGAGGGCGAUCGAGAAAGGCAGAUCCGGCGGCAGCGACGAGAGACGGCUCGAUUUACAACAACUCUCACGUACCAGACACAGAGCAGUGGGCUCAACGACUACUUUUCGGGUGGUCUCGGCGCGUCACAAGCUACGGUUGGCGGCGAUGAGGAGCGCAUGGGUAGAGGCGCACGAUCGAAACAGAAGAGACGGUUUAGGAGUCUGUCUCCGGUUGGUCGCGAGACUCCUGAAGCCGCAGGCUUUGGCGGCACCUCCUAUCAACUCACCGAAGGCGAGCGUCAGUAUUGGCAUUGUUCGCACUGCUGUGUGUGGGGCUCAGCGAUUUGGGGUGUUCGCGAUGGACCUGCUGGCCCAAGAACGCUGUGCAAUAAUUGCGGCUUGCUCUACGAACGGGACAAGCGCUUGCCACCCUGGAACGCCCGACUAUUCGCACACGAGAAAAAUCAAGGCUCCCGCGAAGCUCAUAUUCCACAAUAUGCGCAGCCAGCGCAACCUCAACGGCAUAUGUCUCAAUUGCAGUCUGACGUCGCCUCUUUCCCGGUGUCGACGCCUGCGCAAACGCCCGCACGCCCUCGCGAUGAUAGCAUCAACCCCAAUUCUCAUCUCUACACGGGCGCCUCAACCGGUGGUCAGGGACAGAUCAGUGCGAGCACAAUGGCAGAUAUCAUCAAUUAUGCAGAACCUGGGGAAGACCUCGAUUGGACCAAGAUCACAGAGCCCAGAGAGAGAAAACGAUUGCAGAACAUUAUUAAUGGACGCAAGUACCGAGAGAGGAGACUGGCAGCUGAAGGGCACGGAGGAAGUGGUGGCAACUAUCCUGGGGCCGCUGGUGUUGGUAGUUACCUCAGUCAGGGCUACGGUCAGCGGCAAAGUCUCCUGGCAGAAAAGGCGGCAGCAGCAGCGAGUGGUACCCCUGGUGCGUCGUGAGCAUUCGGCUGAGAGUGGGCAGCGAUGUUGUACAACUAGCAGACUUGUAGACUUAGAGCCGCAUCACAACUGUUCUGACAUGCGAUGGGCAUGAUCGAUGAAGAAACAUUGACAUGCUCAGCAUCGCAGUGAUCUCCUGCG